CGGUCUGUUUAAAAGGUCUGAGCUCCUGUCAGUGCGACACUCUCAUCUUCAAGUCAUGGAGAAUCUGAACCCUGAAGAUCUACACCACUUGGUUGAAGACUCAUUUCUUGGGGGCUUCGACGACCUGGAUGGUUUAGUUCCUCCCGCUAAUAAUAACGACGCUAACAGAAAGACCCUGAUCCAGCUGAAUGAACGUCUGGUAAAAUACCUGGAGAAUGUGAAAUCUCUGAAAAAAGAAAACCAGAACCUACAGACAAAAAUCAAUGAGCUUGAGGGGAGGGAUCACCAUGGAGGUGACUGGUAUCAAACCCAGAUACUCCUGGAGAGGAUUGAAAAUAUCACAAAGGAGAAUGCAGAGAAACUGCUGCAGAUCAAAACUAUCAAACUAGAAAAAGAAGAACUCAAUAGAAAGCUGGAGGAGGAAACGAAAGGGGAAAAAAAGUUGGAGAAAGAGCUGAAGGAUCUGGAGAAAAACACCAGACUGCAAAAACAACAACAAGAAAACUUGAAUGAGGAAAUUGAGCAGUUGAAGGAGAAGUUCCAACAACAGCAAUGUAAUCAUCAGACUAAUGUCAAGGAACUGUGUGAGAAGAUCAAGGAGACGAAGGUGACAGUGGAGAUCGACUCUGAGAAGUCCAACCUGGCUGAACUUGUCAGGAAUAUCCGGAAGAAAUAUGCUGAAAUAGCAAACACAAACACAGAUGAGAUGAACAACUGGUACAAGAAAAAGCUCGAGAGCAUCCAAAACGAGGAGGCCCAUAACCUGCUGGAACUGAAAUCUGCUAAAUCUAAGUGCAUGCAACUGCUGAGGCAGAAGAAAAUCUUGGAAAUUGGGAUUAAUGCCCUUAACACCACGAUCAAAAGUCUGGAAAAGACUCAGGAGGAGACAAGACAUCGAGUGUCUGGUUUCAAAGACGAAACGGAUGACCUGAAGAAGAUGCUUGAGGCCCUGAUAAAGCAGAUUAAAGAGCAGUACUUAAAGAACCUAAAGCUGUUUAAUGUCACAGAGAGCCUAAAGGAGCAAAUCGAUAAAUACCAAAGUCUGGUUGAAUCCAACAAGGGGCCUGAUUCAGACCAAUCACCUUUAAAAACAACAAAACUCACCAGUGAUGAAGAAGACAGCAAUGAUGAAUAAGACACGGAGGGAUGAAGAAGACAUGGAGGGAUGAAGAAGACAUGGAGGGAUGAAGAAGACAUGGAGGGAUGAAGAAGACAUGGAGGGAUGAAGAAGACAUGGAGGGAUGAAGAAGACAUGGAGGGAUUGAAUAAUUUCUCCUGAAACCAGCUUCCAGUGGUGGUUUGGGGAACUGCAGCUUGUGGUUUUGCCUUAAAUUCAUAAGGUGGAGGGAUUUCAUGUAACAGGACAAUAUGACAAAAAGAUUAAAUGUUUAACUAAUCACAUCUUUUCUCUCUGUCACUGACGACGAUUGAUUC